AUGAGAAAUAUCCACAUGCCAAAUCCUACUCUGCAUCAAUUCCAACAUACCGCCGAAGAGUUAGAAACACUAACCAGGUUCCCCAACGUAUGCGGCUGCAUUGAUGGCAAACAUGUACUCAUUAAAUGCCCAAAUUCAUCCGGAUCGUCGUUUUAUGAUUAUAAACAUUUUUAUUCUAUUCAUUUGCAAGCAACAGCAGAUGCAAAAGGAAAGUUCUUGACUGUAGAUAUAGGAGAUUAUGGACGAAGGGCUGAUAGUGGUGUGUUUUUAGAAAGCAAUACAUUUAAAAAUAUUGAACAAAACAUUUUGAAGUUCCCGCCUGCCAGAAUGUUAGAUGGAGUAGAAAUGCCGUAUGUGCUUUUAGGAGAUCAGGGUUAUCCAUUAAAAACAUAUUUAAUGAGAUCAUACUCAACAGGAGACGGUGAUGAAGGGGUAUAUAAUUAUUAUUUAAGCAAGACAAGACGAACAGUUGAAUGCGCCUUUGGAAUGUUGGUUAGUAAAUGGAGAUGUUUAAAAACCGAGUUGCAAGUUAAUCCAAAUCAUGUAGAUACGAUUGUAAAAACCACAUGUUUGCUGCACAACAUACUGUUAAUGGAAGAAUGUUUGGACGAAGCAAAAUUGGAGGUUGAAGCACUGGAAGAGGUGUUGGAGGAGGAGAUUUUGGAUGAGCAGGUGUUGGAGGAGCAGAUGUUGGCGGAGGAGUUGGCGGAGAUGUUUGAAGAGGAGGUGUAUCAAGACACCAUCACGGAGGAAGAGCACCAAGAAGGCCCAUCCCAUCGGUAA